AUGUCGACGACUCUGAUCAAGGGCGCACCCGCCCAGCCGGCUGCACCCAAGGCCGUUGUGCCUGCGAUUCCGCUGCUCAACACUUCCCUCGCCCUGCCUGUCUCGAUCGUCCAUCAGCUGGUGCUUGCUGGCCUGUUUGUCUGGCGCUUCGAAGCCCUCGUGGCCGAUCCCGUGUCGACACUCCAGAUUGGACUUCCUGUGGUUGCUGUUAUCCAAACACUCUAUGUGACCUUGUGUCUUCCCGCCGCGGGAUCUUCGGGCGCAAAGGGUUCUAAGAAGCUGCGCCCAGGCGAGAAGAAGAAGUCGGAUACGCGGGAACCAAAGGCUUUUGCUACCGCCGUCAUCUCGCUAGUCCUCUCCCUCAUCCUGACGCCCGUCCUUCACAUCCUCUUCGUCCUCUUCGGCGCCCCAUUCCUCACCCACGCCUCCCACACGUUCCUCUGCGCCGCGCACAUCGCUGUCCUCGCCAUCUACCCCAUAUUCUACGUUCGCGGUUCCGACCCCGUCCCCCUCCAGGCCGUCGUCAGCGUCUCGGCCCCCUUCGACCAAACCUUUGGCGGCUUCGUGGGCACCGUGGUCGGCGCGUGGCUCGGAGCCGUGCCGAUUCCCCUCGACUGGGAUCGCGAGUGGCAGAAGUGGCCCGUCACCAUUGUUGCCGGCGCUUAUAUUGGAUACUUUGUGGGCUCUAAGCUUCUUGGAAGUGCCUUUUACGGCAAGCGGUGGGCCGUUUCUGAGAUCAAGGAGGAAUAG